ACAUGGUUCGCCUCUUACAGUAAAAACCCAAUAUGGCAGAGAUGGCAGGUCUUGCAGGGUAACUAAAGCAACAUCAACACUUCGCACAGCACACAGGUCGGUUACCCGCGACCGAGCGCAGACAUGAGGGAACGACAGAAGAAGAAAAAGGGCAGAACAUGGGCAGAGGCCGCCAAAACGGUGCUUGAGAAGUACCCCAACACACCCAUGAGUCAUAAAGAGAUCCUGCAAGUGAUUCAGAGAGAAAGGCUGAAGGAGAUAAGUGGCACUUCUCCUCUUGCUUGUCUCAAUGCCAUGCUCCAUACAAACUCACGUGGAGAUGAAGGGAUCUUCUAUAAGGUUCCAGGCCGAAUGGGAGUCUACACACUGAAGAAGGACAUUGGAGAUGGGGUGAAGGAACUGUCAGAAGAUGCUUCAGACGACAGCAGCGACAUGUCGGAUUCUCGAUGCACAGAAAAUACCAGCAGCACUGGCUACAGCAAGGACGGACGCAGAAGAAGGUGGACAAGGAGAGUGCCAACAAAACUGCAGUCUCAGCCGUCCUCCCCGCAGUCUCGCUGUUCAUCUCCAUCAGUCUCCAGCAGCAAACUCAUGUCUCCAUCACAGAAACACAGCAAGAAGGCCCUCAAACAGGCACUGAAACAGCAGCAGCAGAGAAAUCAGCGGCGACAAUGUGGAAUCUCUAAUGCCUCCAGCCCACGACUGCUCCUCAAGACUGUCAAAGACAUGGCUCAUGACUCCUCCAAAUCUUCCUGGGAGCUGAAAAAGAGUGAACGCUGCCCUGCCAGUCCACAUAACUCUACCUCCAGCUCAUCCUCCUCUGUCAAAGCAGAUGUGUGCCACACAUCCAGUGCCCGCAAGGUGUCGCAGCGCUCCAGCCGGCUAAAUGCCAGACAAUUGAGACGCAGCAGGUGUGAGAUAGACGUGGAGACACCAGAUUCCAUCCUUGUCAACACCAACCUGAGAGCACUAAUCAACAAGCACACCUUCUCACUGCUGCCUACAGAUUGUCAACAGAAGCUGCUUAAGAUGCUGCCUGAGGUUGACCAGCAGGCCAGUAUGGAUGGAGCCUUGAAGGUGACCAGCUCUGCCUUGAACAAUGAAUUCUUCACAUCAGCAGCACAGUCUUGGAAGGAGAGGUUGUCAGAGGGUGAAUUCACGCCAGAGCUGCGACUGAGAAUGCGGCAGGAAAUUGAGAAGGAAAAGAAGGUGGAUCUUUGGAAAGAGCAGUUUUUCGAAAGCUACUAUGGUGAACAUUCUGGCUUGUGUAUAGAGGAAUCCAAGGAGUUGACAGAGGCUAAAGAACUUCCUGAACCAGCUAAGAAAGCAGUUGUACCAGUAAAGCCAGAGAUUGUCAUUGAGCCUCGGAAGGUAAAUCCGGUUAUAGAGGUCAUUCACAUGGAGCUGAGAUCCAGAGAUGUGAAAUCAACUGUAAUGCAUACCUCUCCUGAAGAGCCUGUCAAACUUCCUGCCUCUGAGAAAUCACGUUUAUCCUUAGACACGAAAAAGGAUGUACUGGUGGAAUUGAUUCCAGUGUCUUCUACACAGAAAAUGGUGGAUCCCAAACCAGACAGUGAGAAAACACUGGAGAGUGAGAUCAGAUGUAAGACCCCAACAUCUCCUUUGGAAGCAAUGGUAACUUGCUUGAAAAGAAAAGAGACACAUAGCACAAAAGAGGAAAGUCCUGUUAGUGGGGCUGGACAGGCAUUAACGGAAAGGAAUAAGGGUGGAUCUACAGCAACUGCUGUCACGUCUGAACCUCUGAAAAGAAAAAUCUCUAGUGAACAAGAUGCAGAAGUCAUAACAGAGAAGAAACCCCGCAGCUCUUCACCAGAAGAGUCACCAACAGUGACAGCUAAGGAAAAAUUAGAACAGAGAGUACCUCCUCUCAAAAUCCCAGUCUCAAGAAUACUCUCUGCCCCUGCUUCUAUUGAGCAGAUAUCUCCAAGGACUCCUGUUCCCUUGACCCCUCCUAGCGUCCGACCGGGACGUACAGGGGCACGCACUCUUGCUGACAUCAAGGCAAAAGCCCAGUUAGCACGCGCACAGCGUGCUGCCGCAGCAGCAGCCAGAUCAUCUUCCUCAAAGGGAACUGGCUCAGUUGGAGGUACCUCAACACCCUCUCCAGCUCGGUCCCUUUCAGAAGAUUUUUCACCAGCAAGCAGCAAAAGUCAAUCUGUGUCACCUAUAAAGUUAAGCUCGGGAUCUCCUGCCCCUGAAGGCACAGUGACUCUCUCACAAACCUUUCCUUCCUCAGGUUCUGCAGGAUACACCGACCCUGUUUUUGCGCAGGCCUUCAGUGCGAGCCAGGGUUUUUUAAAAGAAAAUCGCUCUUCGUUUGGGUUGCAAACCACUCAGUGCUCAUUGAACCCAAUAGGCAAGGAUCAGCAUUACCUUCUUUGUCCUGAAGGCACAUUAGCACCUUCAGGUCAAGCAGGAAACGUGACUGUCUCAAACACAAUUGCACAAAGCCAGAGACCACAGCAGACUCUUUUUGCAGGAGCAUCAGCUGCCAAGCUUAUCUCUUCAAUCCCAGAAAAUAAUCCUCUGGUCACCCAGCUUCUUCAAGGUAAAGAGGUUCCCUUAGAAAAAAUUCUCCCAAAGCCACUAACCAAUGCUGAGGUUCAAUCUGUGGCAAUUUCUGCCAGGGAUAAAGGGAACCUUGACACCACUACUGCUGGGUGGAAAAAAGAUAGCCCAACUAUUCAAGAAGUCAGCAAAUUUGUGAACCAAGUUCCUUUCGACCAACCUGCGAAGCAAGUCAGUAGUAGGGACAAAUUUGUCAAAGUCGGCACUCAGGACAGGAUCCUCCAACCACUAAGGGAGCAGAAGCACACCAGCUCAAACCGUCAAUCUUCCCAGUUUCAUUCCUGCCAUUUAGGUCACCCUGAGAGUAGCCAGGACCAGAGUGUCCAUCUCGGAAUCUUUGGACGGAAAAGAAUAUCGAAGCCAGCUAUGACAGGACAUUACCUCCUCAAUGUCUCCACAUAUGGUAGAGGAUCUGAGAGCAGCAAACGGCCACAUCAGGCUAGUAAUACAAGCACUACCCUAGCCAACCUGAAAAAAGAGAAAAUUGAAGCAGAGGAUAGUGUGAAAGGGACGACGGAAUCACUUGCCGGUACCACUUCUCAAGGACACGCACCUUUCCCAAGUGUCAAAGUGGAACAGCAGGGAUGUUUCAUCAGCAAACCAGAUGAUGGUUUGGCACCUCAACCAUGUACUGAUGUAAAGUCUGAAUCUCCAUCGCUGAGCUGUUUGUCCAGCAAAGAAGAAGGCAGCUCUUCAACUAGAACCAAAGAAACAUGCUCAAAAGGGCAGCUUGAUAUGUGCAGCACUAUACAGGGUAAAACAGAGCCAUAUCAAUUAAGUGACUGUCACCAACGCAUGUUCUUGCCUCAGAAAGCCCAUAAUGGAACUCAGUAUGGUGGCAGUAUAAGCAUGUCUGUCCCUCAUGCACUGAACCACAGCAUGCCUGACACUCCGUCCUGCAGUGGCGAUGGUGAAACGGCUGGUGGAGGUAUGAUGUCUUUUUCUGUCACGGUCACCACCAUACCUGCCGGCCACCUACUGGAUCAGAGCAGUCAGAGGGAGACCUCACCUGAGGAAGCCUUCAUAGAAACCUCUGGAAUGGAGGAUGUCCAGUCAAAGUGCUACUGUCGACUGAAGGCCAUGAUUAUGUGCAAGGGAUGUGGUGCAUUCUGUCAUGAUGAUUGCAUUGGUCCAUCCAAACUAUGUGUCUCGUGUUUGGUGGUACGAUAAUGGUCAUGUGGACAAACUGUGACAUUCAUUGAUUCAUAAAGAAAAGAGCAGUCAUACAAUCAAACAAUAAUUUUACCACUGUACAGUAGUGGUGCUCUUGCUGUGGUAACAUUCUCAUGCAUCCGUUGUUAUUUGAGAGGCAGGCUCUUAUGCUGUUCUUUGGGAGUAAUUCACUCACAGUGAAUUGUGCCCACUAAUAGUGCUGUUUAUUUGCACUUAAAUUCUGCUUUUUAGCGGCCAAUUCAGGAAAGGAAUUAUCAAGUCAGGUAAAGGCCAGCAACAAGUGCUGUUCUUGCACGUCAAUCCCAAGCACUAAGGGCCAAAUUUACUAAAUAGAGCAAAUUAUCGCGAAAGUACAAUCACAUAAAAGUGUAGAUCCCACGAAAGGGAUGUAAAUUAAUAAAUUAUUAUAAUAAUUUACGCACAAACACAAUAAGUGAAGUUUAAUAAACUAAUUUCGAGAGGAGCAUGUAAUAUGAUUGCGCACGGCCAGCUGCUCAUCUGUAAUAAGUAAUAAUCCAAUCAGAGUGAUCCAAGCUUACAAUAAAUAGAUCUUUUUUUUCCUACUGCUCUAUCUUCAUUUUGGAAGAAUCCCCCCUUCCACCCCAU